AAUCUGAUCUGAGAUCAGUCGUGUUGAGGCGUUACGGUCACAUGACUUCAGUGACAAACACAGCAGAAAUGUGAUGGUUCCUCAUCUGUGUUCAGAGUUGAAACAUGUCGAUGUUUAAAAGGUGUUUUAUCUGCUGUCUGCUGUCUGUCGUCUUCUGUCCUUCGUCUGGAUUUAUUGGAGGUGGAGAUUCGUUUCGACGGAAGGUGUCUGUAGAAGUGAACCCAGGUCUGAAGCCUCCCUCCACACUGCCCCCUGGAGUCAAUCUCGUGCACGUGCGGGCACUGGGUCAGAAUGACACCCUGCACUUCCUCUUCUGUAACCAGGGGGCGCCAUCACUUCUGCUCGUGCACACAAACACCACAGAGUCCACAGUGCAUGUGAACUGGCCGGAGUUUAUUAACCGCAGUUCCUCAGGCGGCCUGCAGGUGGAGCCACAGAGCAGCGUACAGUACAGCAGAGCUCUCAUCAUCACCAGGUUGUGGGAGUACAGUGACGUCAAUAACACAGCAGACCCACAACACACAUCAGAGUCCAGUUUCUACCCACCGUAUGAGCUGCAAGACUUCAUCUGGUCAGAGUUUAACCAAUCAGAUCACAGGAUCAGAAUCUGUGGAGGUGACAGAACGGCUGCCAGCUUUACUAACGGCACCUUCUGUCUGCAGAUCUCAGCGUUCGAGUCAGAAGGUCGUGAGUCAGCGUGGCCAGGUCUCCUUCAUAACUCAAACUCCUCUCAGCUGCGUGUGUCUCUGGAAGGUGUGACGGCGCGGGUGAAUUACUCCAGAUUCUCUCUGGAGCUGCAGUCUGUCGGAGACUCUGGGUUUCUGGGAAGAGUUGAUGUCCACAGGUCUAUCGAUGAUGAAUACACACCCUCCAUCUUUAAGGUGUCGCAGUGGGUGUCAUUUCCAGUGAACAGCAGCAGGGUUUGGGGUUACGCUCAGUGGAAGCCGGUGGCGUAUCGUAAGUCCAGCCCUGUGACCGAAGACGCCACACCCUGCAGACACUCUGAACCCGUUCCCAUCGCCCGUCCUCCUCCCUCGGCUCUCAUUCAGGCCUAUUUCAGCCAUGGGCCUCAGACAUACGGACUGAACGUCAGCUUCGGGAUCGCCGGCGACGCCUUUUACAACGCCACCAAUUACCUCAGCUGGACUGUGUUAAUGGGUGUGGGUGAUCCUCCGGUGGACUCUUUCUCAGUGUUUAUCAUUUGCAUCAUGGCCGUGGGUCUGGGCACGCCGCUGGUUCUUAUCAUUGUGGGUGUAGUUUUUCUUUGGGUCCGCAAGAGGACGUCACAAAGCUCAGGCUACGAGGCAAUCAACUGAUCUUACGGAAGACGCUCCGCCCUCAUACACACGUUGGUGUCACAGUCCAUCAACAAGAUCUCUCUGGAUUGGUUGGCGCUGUCUGGAUCGGCCAAUCAGGAAUUAAUGUUUCAUACGGAACUGAAGGUCAGAAAAGAAAUGUAUCUAAUCCAUUGAUGAUUACACUUCAUUCUGUUUUUUUUCUACAGAAUUAUUUUUCAAAGGUGUUUUUUGUCUAUUUUGUCUUCUGUGAAAUAAUCUGAUCCGCCUGAUAUGUGAUGGGGAACGUGUAGCACAUUUUAAAGUCAAGAACACACACUUUUCAGAAUCAAAAACUGCACUUAAAGAGUUUCUCAGGGAUUCUGACUGUUGGACUCCAGUGAAAUCACCUUUUAUUCUAAUAAUGUAAUGAAUCAUGUGUUUUUUAAAGAGAAUUUAUAAUAAAGAACAGUUUCGCUUAUAAAACAAACAAAUUUUACCUGUAAAUGUUUGAGGAAUAUUUAGUAACAUUAACAUUUAUUGACACCUGAAUAACAGAGUCUGAAUGUAAAUAUACUUUUGUUUCUCUAUAUAAAUUUGUUGACUGGCA